GCUCGGGCCAAGUGGGCGCGCCCGGCCCGGGGCCGGCCGGGAUCCGGUGUCGGCUGCAGCUGGCAGUGCGGCGGGCGCGGGUGCCGGAGCAGCGGCCGGCGGGGCCGGCUAUUAAUAACGCGCCCGCCGAGCCCGGGGUCGCGCAGCCAUGGCCAGUCCGGAGCUCCGGCGCGGCGGGGACGGCGCCGCCCAGGCCGCGAGGGAAACAAGAGCAGAGGCCAAUUCUUCUCUUCAAGAAAAGAACCCUGAAUCCUGGAAUGAGCCUGAGACCUUGAACCCAGAAGUUACACUAUCUUUGGAGGGAACCGUGAACCUAGAAGACAUUCUUUACCUUGGUGACACAGGAGACUUUGAAGAGACACCACUCUAUGUGGAAGAGACGGAGAAGCCAGAGGAAACACUGUAUAUCGAGGAGACCAGGCAGCCAGAGGAGGCACUCUAUGUUGAAGAGCUUGCAAGUCGAGAGGAGACUGUGAAGCCAGAUGAGGUACAGUUUGGGGAGCAGCCUGUGGAGCCAGCAAAGAGCCCAAGCCAAGGGCAGAUUGUUUGUGAUGGAGAGAUGGUGGCAAAAGAGGAGAAUUCUUGCCCUGAGGAGAGCCUCAGAGCAGGGCCAAGCCCCAGUACAGAGGAGAACCUGAGCAUGGCAGACCUGGAACUGUUAGAGGGCCGUUUCCAGCAGUGUGUGCAAGCAGUGGCCCAGCUGGAAGAGGAACGGGAUCAACUCAUCCAUGAGCUUGUGUUGCUUCGUGAACCAGCUCUACAGGAGGUACAGCAAGUCCAUCAGGACAUCCUGGCUGCCUACAAGCUACAUGCCCAGGCAGAGCUGGAGAGGGAUGGGCUAAGGGAGGAGAUCAGGCUGGUCAAACAGAAGUUGUUCAAGGUGACCAAGGAAUGUGUGGCCUACCAGUACCAGCUAGAGUGCCGCCAGCAGGAUGUGGCUCAGUUUGCCGAUUUCCGGGAAGUGCUGACUACUCGGGCAGCCCAGCUCUCAGAGGAACUGGCACAACUCCGGGAUACCUAUCAGAAGCAGAAGGAGCAGUUAAGGCAACAACUAGAAGCACCCCCAAGCCAGAGGGAUGGGCACUUUCUCCAGGAGAGUCGGCGGCUGUCUGCCCAGUUUGAAAAUCUCAUGGCAGAGAACCGUCAGGGCCUGGAGGAGGAAUAUGAACCUCAGCUGCUCCGGCUCCUGGAGAGGAAAGAAGCAGGGACCAAAGCUCUGCAGAAAACCCAGGCUGAGAUCCAGGAGAUGAAGGAGGCUUUGAGACCCCUGCAAGCAGAGGCCCGGCAGCUCCAGCUGCAAAACAGGAACCUGGAGGACCAGAUCACUCUUGUGAGGCAAAAACGAGAUGAAGAAGUGCAGCAGUACAGGGAACAGAUGGAAGAAAUGGAAGAACGACAGAGGCAGUUAAGAAGUGGGGUGCAACUCCAGCAACAGAAGAACAAAGAGAUGGAGCAGCUAAGGAUCAGUCUUGCUGAAGAGCUCUCAACUUAUAAGGCUAUGCUUCCCAAGAGCCUGGAACAGGCUGAUGCGCCCAGUUCUCAGGCAGGUGGAAUCGAGUCAGAGUCUCAAGGGGCUGUUUAGAAAUGUAUGGCCAAAUCUGUAAUCCAGAAACAACAAAAAAACCUUCUUAGCAAAGGAUCACUAAAUACCCUUUUGACACACUUCUUCCCAAACCGACGAGAGAGUACCAGAACUUGGCAAGCAAUUCAUUCCGUGGAAAUUACAAACAUUGGCUGACCUGGGUAAAAAGAUUUUAAGGGUGGCUAGAAGCAGAACACCAGUCAACUCUUAGCUGGAUCCUAUAUUGUAGGCUGCUGAUACUGAUCUCAAUGCACCAAGGAAUGGAAAAAGCCUUUUUUCUUCCAGCAACCCUAACAUGCACACUGAGUAAAGGAUGAAUGUAUGGACACAUCUUGCAGUAUUGUGAAAAAUGUAUUUUGCCUUAUAUGUUUACCCAAACCAAAAACAUGUUUGGGACAAAACUGGCGUCAAAAAGGCAACUGAUUUUCCUUAUAUGGGUUUACAAUUAGAAUUCUUUUGUGCCAUGAGUAUUAGAUUUUAAAUGAAUCCUCUUACAAAGUUUACUUUUUCUUAAGGGCUAUACAUACAUGGUAUACUCUUAAAAUUGUAUCAAAAUAAUUUUCACUAUAUUCUGAAAUGACUGACUUGGAGAAAAGGAACCAAUCCAGAUUUGAACUUCAUGGUAUUAAGAAUUCAGAUUUUCCCAAAGACCUUAAGUGUUUUUAGGUCUACUCAGUCAAAACGAAAUGACUGGAAAGAAUCAGACAUGUUAUCUGGUCAUGGCAUUUGGUGAUAAAGGAUUUUAGAACCUGUUGUUUCUAACCACUAAGUACAAGCUCCAGUGAAAAACAUACUAAGCAGAUUCAACCCUGUGAGAAAAGCCUUAAGCACCUUUCCCAAAUUUAAAUUCUGCCUUAAACCACACUGCCUUUGAAAAAUUUUUUAAAAAGCCUGUGUUGUUCUCUAGGGUUAGACUUCAAAAAGAUGUCAUUUUAUCACAGAUUAGUCUGUAUUAUCUCUAGUUCUGUGUGUUGUCUUGCACUUUUCCCUAGGAGUAAAGCUCUUUUCUAUAGAUCUGGCCUAUUAUAUUUAAUUCUACUCUUGAUAUCCAGGGACUAGUGUUUGAUUGAUGUUAUAAACUAAAUAAAACCCAUUGGCAUGGGGCUAUGUAGAAAAGCAAUUUAUUCCAUUAUAAGCACUUACACAGUUAGUCAUGGAGAGUAACAGGCCUGCUGGUGAAACAGGUCACCCAAAAUGCAGAUGGUAUCAAACUAGUGGUCAAGGACCAACUCCUAAAAAAAAAAAGCAACUCUUAUCAAGGAUUAAUUUAAUUUUAAAAACAUACAAGCUAUCAAUUCACUCUUCUCAACUUGACAGUAUACCCGUGGUACAACUGUCAGGUAAAAACAUACAUCUUUACAACUUGGUGGUCCCAAGUUUAAAAAACAAAAAAACAAAAACAAAACAAAACCAAAAGAACAAAAACCAUUUCACAGAAAGGAAAGGAAUAAUAUGAAAACAGCUCAAGAAAUACACUAACAAGCAAAAAUAUAUGGGGAAGGAAGAACAUGUACUUUUGAGUUAACUGUAGAAAUCAAGAGGAGACUGGUCUACAUAGGAAAAUGUGCAUCCUGCAAAGUCAGGUGUGAAGAUUUUAGAGUAGGAAUCUACAUGACUUGAAUCUCCCCUAAUUCCUGAAUAAAAAUGACAUCUUGCUGUAUUUAUACUUCAUGGCUCAGACACCUACCUCACUUGGCUCUAUUCCUUACUCGUUCUAGCUUUUACUUAAAUGAGUCUGAAAACUUGGGGAUACAGCUUAAGAAGAAAAAUAACCACACGUAAUAUUCCCCUUUCUGUAUCUACUUUAGACCUGGGUUUGUUACUAGAAAAUUCCUGAAGAAAAUUUAAAUAAGUCUGGCUUUGCUGAAUAAAGUACCCCAGUUAAUAUUUAGAAAACACCCACUAUUUGGGCUAAUAGCAAUCGGUGGUGGUAGCUAUAAUAGAGGGAUAGCUGAACAAAGUCUGUAUCUCAAAACCAGUGUUAAAUCGAUCUCAGGGUUGAGAGGGGAAAAAGGGGAGUCUAAAAAUCACAAGUGCAGACAUCUAGGAUCCUUGUCCUUCAGGAUCCACACUUCCUUCAGGAUCUUCAUCAUUAUAGAUGUUCUCUGCCUGCUCAAAAACAAGAAAAAAAAGGAUAUUUAGUAAACAUGAAGACUAUUAUUUCAAAUCAAGAUUUCCAUAAUACAUUAGGUUAGGUAGUCAAUAAUAAAAUUUUAGACUUAUGGACCAUAUAGUUGCUGUUCUAAUUUGACUCUGACAUUGAUGGAUAACUGUGGCCCUGGAGAAAUCUGUAAUGGGCAUCACUCAAGAGUGGGCAUGGGGCUCAGGUUGUGGCUCAGUAGUACACUGGUUGCCUUCCAUGUGUGAAGCAUUGGGUUUGAUCCUCAGCACCUCAUAAAAGAAUAUAUAAAUAAAAUAAAGUUAUCACGUACAACUACAACUAAAAAUAAAGUGGGUAUAGCUGCAUUCCUAUAAAAUAGGCAGCUGGUCACAGGUUCCUGGAUUAGGACAGUCUCACAAAAAUAAAGUUUGAUUACUGCCUGCCUUGAUAAACAAUGUUCUUGAGUCCUGUAAUCAGGUAUUUUUAAUAGCAAAAGUAAAUGCAAGCCAAGUGUCCACCAAAUGAUGAAUGGAUAUGUGAUGUAUCUUUAAAACAGAUUAUUA